AUGCCACAAAUUUGUCUGCUGGAUAGCUCAAAAGACGAUGAAAUAGACGGAAACUGCAUAGCUCGUGCACGCGGUUUGCCCUGGCAAUCCUCUGACCAAGACAUCGCUAAGUUUUUCCGGGGACUCAAUGUUGCCAAGGGUGGUAUAGCUCUUUGCCUCUCACCACAAGGCAGACGUAACGGCGAAGCGUUGGUGCGGUUCAUCUCUCAAGAACACAGGGACAUGGCUUUAAAACGUCAUAAGCACCACAUUGGGCCGCGGUAUAUUGAGGUAUACCGUGCGAGUGGGGAAGAUUUUCUCUCAGUAGCGGGCGGUGCUACGUGCGAAGCCGCGGCGUUCUUGUCUCGUGGCGCACAGGUGAUCGUGCGCAUGCGCGGUCUUCCUUAUGAUGCCACACCACAACAAGUUCUGGAGUUCUUCUCGUCGGGCGACGAUCCAGUACAAGUAUUGGACGGGGAAGAUGGCGUACUAUUUGUUCGUCGAGCGGAUCGACGUGCAACGGGCGACGCAUUUGUGCUGUUCGCAAAUGAAGAGGAUUCGCCGAAAGCGCUCGCGCGACAUCGGAAGUUGAUCGGCGCGAGAUAUAUUGAGCUGUUUAGGUCCACCACCGCGGAGGUUCAGCAGGUUCUCAACCGAUCACUAGAGACCAGGACCAGUCAAAGCAGCACGCCAUCUACAGCCAAUCCUCCCACAGAAGGGCUUCUCCCCGUGGCGUUGGUACCACAGCAUGUGAUCACUUCUGGUACUGCCAAAGACUGCGUACGGUUGAGGGGUCUGCCCUAUGAGGCGCAAGUGGAACACAUUCUGAACUUCCUCGAUGAAUUUGCCAAAAAUAUUGUCGUGCAAGGCGUCCAUAUGGUGUACAACGCACAGGGUCACCCCAGCGGUGAAGCCUUCAUCCAAAUGGACAGUGAAACAAGCGCUUAUCUCUGCGCGCAACAAAAACAUCACCGUAACAUGACCUUCGGUAAAAAGCACAGAUAUAUCGAGGUGUUCCAGUGUUCCGGCGACGACAUGAACCUAGUUCUGACAGGCGGCGUCACUCCCGCCACGUCACCCAAAGUGCUCUCACCCGGUACGUUGAUAUCUCCCCCACCCGCGCCGGCACCCCGCCUUUUAGCCCAACACAUCGCGCACCAAAACCUCCUCGCGAGGCAACAGGAGAACCUCCUUUUAGCCUCCCUCCGACCUCCCCUCUACCCCUUCCUACCAAGCUACGCUCCCGUUCGGUCCCCUAGCCCCUAUCUCCCCGUUCUCCAACAGAACAUACUGCCAACUAAGCGUACGUACGACCGCGCAUUUACGCCCACGGAAACUGCCGCAAAAAGACCGUAUUUGCAGCCGCAAAUGACACCUAUGUCGCUGCCCAUGCUGUCGUAUGCGACGUCUUCACCGAUUUUCUCGUAUGCCAACACGAGUCCAAUGCUUUCUUCGUAUAGUGCAAUGCCAACUGCGCUGCCAGCUGGUCUUCAGGGCUAUGGCUCUGCGCUCUCUGCCUUACCGGCGUCUAUGACAAACCCGUUCCCCGGGUCGUUAUCUAUGUUCCCAACUUACCCGUACUAUCCGGGCGUUUAG